AUGCCGAUUAUUAAGCUUCUCGCCGGACGUCCUUGGAUUGACGGAAGAGGAGACAAUUAUGAUGGAGCUUGCGCGUUUAAUAUGAUCAGCCCUGACUUUGAUGCAUACUUGAACGAACACGAUAAAAUCCGCGGGUUGGUAGACCCUACUUAUGUAGUUGCCGAUCCAAUUUCGCAAAUACAACUCAUGUGUGGGUCUUUAAUGGUCGUGGCCGGGUGGCCCAAGCCCAACAUUUAG